GGACGACGGAUGCAUGAGUGGGAAAUGGAACUUUUCGGCUCGCUUUUGAAGGAGGGGCAAGCGGCACUAGAGAAAGGUGUAAUCCUUCCCGGUUUCGUCAACCAAUAUCUCCGUUCCCGCGCGGAUGCAACUACCGAAGUCACCAGCGGCAACGGCACGACCGAAGAUGGGUGGAUGCGAGACAAGCUGCUUGCGUACGUUGCAGGAACCAUCCUCGAAGCUGGCUCAGACACCACAGCCAGUACCAUCCAUUCUUUCGUGUUGUUCAUGCUGGAGAACGAGCACGUCCUUCAUCGUGCGAGGGAAGAGAUCGACUCAGUGGUGGGAAAGGAUCGUCUGCCGACAUUCGAAGAUGAGGACAAACUGCCGUACCUCGUCGCUUGCAUAAAGGAAACGAUGCGUAGACGACCGUCUGUCAUCAUGGGUGUCGCACAUAAGGCAGAGGAAGACGACAUCUAUGGCGGAUAUCUGAUCCCGAAGGGCGCUGCUGUGAUGGGUAACGUAUGGGCUAUACACAUGGACCCUGUUCGAUUCCCCAAUCCUACCGCGUUCGAUCCGGAUCGAUUCUACUGGCCGGACAAACCCAUUUCAUGGGCAAGUGGACCUGACCCGAGGAAUCGCGACCAUUAUGCAUUUGGGUGGGGGCGGCGAUUUUGUCAAGGAAGCUACGUCGCUGAGGCGUCCCUCUUCGUCGCCAUCUCCCGUAUAGUCUGGGGAUUCAACUUAUGUGCACCAAGGAACAAUGUGACGGGCCAGCCUGAGGUCCCGAACACUAUGGAUGAAGAAGCAAGCUGGAUGGAAGGCUUCAUCAGCGGUCCGAGGAAAUUCAACGUCACCUUCGAAGCCCGAUCCGGUAAACAUGCGGAGAUUAUUCAAAGGGCAUUUGACGAGGCCCAAAUGGAAUGGCAAGCAAUCGGUAUGAAGACAGACGAGCGCUGAGUGACGAGUCGCGCGUUAUAGCUAUCCCCAUCAGGUUCCGACAUUUCUCUCGUAAAGCUGCGUUGAAUAUCUGCUGUACUGAAUUAUCUACUGUAUAAAGCAAUACAAAUUGGUCCC